AUGGCACCCAAAAUCAUGUUGCUGAUCACCUUGUCAGUUGCGUCCGCCGUGCUAGUCUCCGCCGCUUCCCCGCCGUUCCAAGAACGCAAAGCCAUAGUCGUUCUCAAGGGACCCGGCCAGGUGAGCGGUAACGUGACAUUUAUCCAGGCUAAUCGCGGUGGCCCGGUCACGAUAACCGGAGUGGUGUCCGGUCUUACCGAAGGACCGCACGGUUUCCACGUUCACGAGAAGGGAGACGUGACCAACGGAUGCAUAUCCACCGGAUCGCACUUCAACCCACAAGGGAACAAACACGGCGGUCCCAACGACGAGACCAGACACGCCGGAGACUUGGGCAACAUCCAAGCGGACAACACUGGUGUAGCACAGUUCUCUUACUCGGACUCUCUCAUCUCGCUGGUCGGCGCCCACAACAUCCUGGGUCGCGCCGUGGUCGUGCACGCUGACACCGACGACAUGGGCCGCGGAGGGUUCACCGACAGCCUGACCACCGGACACGCCGGUUCCAGGGUUGCGUGCGGAGUCAUCGGAAUCCUGUAG